CAAAGUAGACCCGGACCACUUUUAUCUCCUCUAUUCCACAUCUGAGACUAUAAUCUUCUCUAUGUAGGUGAGCAACCAACUAGUAUCAACGACGAUAACAUUUUUCGUGUCGGAUCUCUCCGAACAGGUUUUCCUGGUAAAAUCAGUGUUCCGGAACAUCAUCUACAGUUGAAAUGAGAUGGCGUCUUCACACAAUGUCGAGUUGGAAGCAGCAAAGUUCUUGCACAAGCUCAUUCAAGAUUCUAAAGAUGAGCCUGCAAAAUUGGCUAAAAAACUUUACGUGAUAUUGCAACAUAUGAAAUCAAGUGGGAAGGAGCAUUCAAUGCCAUAUCAAGUUAUAUCAAGGGCCAUGGAGACAGUUAUCAAUCAGAAUGGUCUUGAUAUUGAAGCUUUGAAGUCAUCACGUCUUCCUAUGACCAGUGGGACUCAAAUGGGAGAUUCUUCAACGGCUCAAUGUGCAGGAUCUUCUUCUCAAGCGGUUGGAGUUUCAAAAGAUCCCAAAAUGGGUUUGACUGAAAAUGAAAUGUCUAAAAUUGACCCAUUUACUUCUAAUAGGCAGCCUGUGGGUCCUAAUGCUGCAGGUCAUGAUUAUUACCAAGCAUCUGGAACUCAUAGAAGUAGUCAAUCUUUUGAUCAUGAAAGUCCAUCCAGUUUGGACACUAGGUCUGCCAACUCACAAUCGCAAGAAAGGCAAAAAGAUGGUAAAAAGCCUACAACUAAGAGGAAGAGAGGUGAUUCAUCAAUUCCAGUGGAACUACAAAAUGAGAACUCCCAGCAACAUGAUUCCUGGAACCCUGUGGUUAAUGCUAGGAGGGGGAAGAUGAAUAAGGUUGAAUCUCCUGGGGGUUUUUCAGUUAAAGGUGGUGAGCUUUCGAACUUUAACAUGAUUCCAAGUGGUGGUCAAAUGGAACAUUUUUCAUCUUUGUCUGGUAACUUGAGUUCAGUACUCAGAGUUAAGCAAGAAGGUCAAAAUGCUUCUGAAAAACCAAUGGAUUCAGCUAACAUUAGUAAUUCCCUUUCAAGGGCUUCAGCUUCAAAAUUCCCUGAAGAGGUGGAAGUUUCCUCUUCUCACAACACUUCAGGACAGCAGCAAGGGAGUUCCCUUCCUUCAACAAAUGACAUUUUUGCUUCCAGGGGUGUAUGGAAUAGAGCAGGAUUUCCAUUUGAAAGAUCUCAUGUUCCCAAGUUUUCUUCAAAUGUUCUUCCCAGUAACAUGAUGUCAGAAUCUGCAAUGCAGCAUCCAACAGUAUCAUCCCAUGGAGGAAGUAUUUUUGGAAAGGUUCAUGGAGGGUUUCCCGUUGGUCCAAAUUCAUUCCCAACAGGAGAAUCAGUCUCCCCAAUGCCUAACCCAGCAGAAGCCCAAUUUUCUAAUAAUCGAGGGGAUGAAAUAUCUAUGGUGAAUCCUAGUGGAAAGGUUAUGGAGCAUGAUGGAAGUCCAAAUACCUUAACAGAUUCAAAUAGGAUUGUUCAGGUUGGCCGCCAAAAUAGCAUUUCAGGUACAACUAUGCGUAGAACCACACCUUCUAAAGAUACAGGUAAAUCUUCUGUUUCCCAGGGCCCUGCAUUCUCUGGCAUGCCUUUCAAGGAACAACAGCUGAAGCAACUCCGAGCCCAGUGCCUUGUCUUUUUAGCUUUUAGAAAUGGUUUGAUGCCAAAGAAACUGCAUCUUGAAAUUGCACUUGGAAACGUCUUUCCAAAAGAAGGUGGCAAUGUAGAUGUUUUACGCAAGGAGCUCAUGGACCACCAUACAGCAAAACAACAAUCCUUGAAUGAUCACAGUGGCAUUCCUGGAGUUGUGGCACCAUUUGGAAGGCUGAGUAAUGCCAAGGAAACUGAUCGAAUCCCAUCAGGUGCUUCAUCUUCUGGAAGAAUGCUGGAAGCUGACUCUUUGUUCAAGGAGGCUGAGAACUCAAAGUUGAUGGAGGAAAAAAGUGGCUUAGCUCCUGAUCACUUUGCACUUGCAGAAGCGAAACAACUGUCGGCUACAAGAAAAACAGAGGCUGAAAUGAAGAGUCAGGACACAUUGGAAUCUCAGACAUUUUUAGCAACUACAUCACAGCAACCAGAAUUUAUGAACUGUGAGAUGAAUAGCUGGACUGGCAUUGGCAGUCAGAAUGAUGUAUCAAGAAGACCCCUACCAGCCUCUGCUGUUCAGAAUGAAUUGGGGCCAGAAAGAAAAGACAAUGCUCCUAGUCAGUUUCAAAGUGUUGUUAACAGUGGUCUUUCUGAUAGUUACCUGUCUUCUUUGUCACUGAGGGAGCAAUGGAAACCAGUUUCAGGAACUAACAAUGAUCAUCGUGCAAUGAUUUCAAUGAAGGAUGUGUCUCAAGAUGAUUCAAAGUUUUCAGAUGGGAUCAAAUCAGUUCCAGUUGAUAACUUGUUUAGAAAUGGCAUUGCUUUCACGACAACGAGUAAUGAGGAAGAUAAGUCACUGCGUUCUAAUUUGCCACCAGCUCCAAAGUAUACCAUGUCAGAGAAAUGGAUUAUGGAUAUGCAAAAAAGGAAACUUUUGGCUGAGCAAAGUUGGAUAGUAAAGCAGCAAAAAACAAAGCAAAAAAUCUCAGCUUGUUAUGAUAAGCUAAAGGAAAAUGUGAGUUCAUCUGAAGAUAUAUCUGCCAAAACCAAAAGUGUCAUAGAACUGAAGAAGCUGCAAUUGUUGGGACUUCAACGUCGUCUUAGGAGUGAUUUUCUAAAUGACUUUUUUAAACCGGUUUCAACUGACAUGGAUCGGUUGAAAUCAUAUAAGAAACAUAGACAUGGUAGAAGGAUAAAACAGCUUGAAAAAUAUGAGCAGAAAAUGAAGGAAGAGCGACAAAAGAGAAUUCGUGAGAGGCAGAAGGAGUUCUUCAGCGAGAUAGAAGUCCACAAGGAGAGGCUUGAUGAUGUAUUUAAAAUUAAGAGAGAACGCUGGAGAGGUUUUAAUAAAUAUGUUAAGGAGUUCCAUAAAAGAAAGGAACGUAUUCAUCGUGAGAAGAUUGACAGAAUUCAGCGUGAGAAAAUUAAUUUAUUGAAGAUAAAUGAUGUGGAGGGAUAUCUGCGAAUGGUACAGGAUGCCAAAUCCGAUCGGGUAAAGCAACUUCUCAAAGAGACCGAGAAAUAUCUUCAAAAGCUUGGAUCCAAGCUGCAAGAGGCUAAGUCUGUGGCGAGCCAUUUUGAACAUGAUAUGGAUGAAACAAGAACUCCAAUAAUUGAGAUGUAUGAGCCUGCUGUGGAAAAUGAAGAUGAAAGUGACCAAGCAAAGCAUUACUUGGAAAGCAAUGAGAAGUACUAUUUGAUGGCCCAUAGUAUUAAAGAGAGUAUUUCAGAGCAGCCAACUUGUCUUCAGGGUGGAAAACUGAGGGAGUACCAGAUGAAUGGACUAAGGUGGUUGGUAUCACUUUACAACAAUCAUUUGAAUGGAAUCUUAGCUGAUGAAAUGGGCCUUGGAAAAACUGUCCAGGUUAUUGCUCUAAUUUGUUACCUUAUGGAAACCAAAAAUGAUAGAGGACCCUUUUUAGUGGUUGUGCCAUCUUCAGUUCUACCUGGGUGGGACUCAGAAAUCAGCUUUUGGGCCCCUGGAAUACAUAAAAUUGUAUACUCUGGCCAUCCAGAGGAGAGGCGUAGAUUAUUCAAGGAAAAAAUUGUGCAUCAGAAAUUCAAUGUUCUUCUGACAACGUAUGAGUAUCUGAUGAACAAACAUGAUAGACCAAAACUUAGCAAGGUACAUUGGCAUUAUAUUAUAAUUGAUGAAGGCCAUCGCAUAAAAAAUGCAUCUUGCAAGUUGAAUGCAGACUUGAAGCACUAUCAGAGUUCUCACAGAUUGUUGUUAACUGGAACACCACUACAGAAUAAUCUUGAAGAACUUUGGGCAUUACUCAACUUUUUGUUGCCAAAUAUAUUCAAUUCAUCAGAAGAUUUUUCUCAGUGGUUCAACAAACCAUUUCAAAGUAAUGGAGACACUUCACCUGAUGAAGCUUUGUUAUCUGAGGAGGAGAAUCUGUUAAUCAUAAACCGUUUGCACCAAGUUCUACGACCAUUUGUACUUCGGAGGCUAAAACACAAGGUUGAAAAUCAACUACCUGAAAAGAUUGAGAGACUUAUAAGGUGUGAGGCUUCUGCCUAUCAGAAGCUGUUAAUGAAGAGGGUUGAAGAAAAUCUUGGUUCAAUUGGAAAUUCAAAGGUUCGGUCUGUUCAUAACUCUGUUAUGGAGCUUCGAAAUAUAUGCAAUCAUCCAUAUCUCAGCCAGCUUCAUGCAGAGGAGAUUGAUGCUUUAAUACCUAGGCAUUAUCUGCCACCAAUUGUUCGACUUUGUGGGAAGCUUGAGAUGCUAGAUAGAUUACUGCCAAAACUGAAAGCGACUGAUCAUCGGGUUCUUUUCUUUUCCACCAUGACUAGGCUACUUGAUGUCAUGGAAGACUAUCUCACCUUUAAACAAUACCGAUACCUUAGGUUGGAUGGGCAUACAUCUGGGGGUGACCGAGGUGCUCUCAUUGACAAAUUCAACCAACAAGAUUCACCCUUUUUUAUAUUUCUUCUCAGCAUUCGUGCUGGUGGCGUUGGAGUUAAUCUUCAAGCUGCUGAUACUGUGAUCAUAUUUGACACCGACUGGAAUCCACAGGUUGAUCUGCAAGCACAGGCAAGGGCUCAUAGGAUUGGCCAGAAGAGGGAUGUGCUUGUUCUUAGAUUUGAAACAGUUCAAACUGUUGAGGAACAAGUUAGAGCUUCUGCUGAGCACAAACUCGGAGUUGCUAACCAGAGCAUUACUGCUGGUUUCUUUGAUAAUAAUACAAGUGCCGAAGAUCGUAGGGAAUACUUGGAGUCUUUACUGCGGGAGUGUAAGAAAGAGGAAGCUGCACCUGUGUUAGACGAUGAUGCUUUAAAUGAUGUCUUAGCCCGCAGUGAAUCUGAGAUUGACGUGUUUGAAUCAGUUGACAAGCAAAGGCGGGAAGAAGAGAUGGCAAUGUGGAAAAAGUUGGUUGGCAGACAGGGGAUGGAUGGUUCUGAGCCUUUACCUCCGUUGCCUUCUCGCCUUGUUACUGAUAAUGAUUUGCAAGCGUUCUAUGAAGCAAUGAAGAUAUUUGAUGUACCGAAGACUGUGGUAACACCUCAAGUUGGUGUAAAGCGGAAGAAUGAGUAUCUUGGGGCACUUGAUACCAAACAAUAUGGAAGAGGCAAGAGAGCAAGAGAGGUGAGGUCCUAUGAAGAGCAAUGGACAGAAGAGGAAUUUGAAAAAAUGUGUCAGGUGGAGUCUCCUCACUCCCCUAAGGUGAAGGAGGAAGGAACAGAAAAGAACUUGCCAACAGCCACCAGCGGCUCCACAGUAGCUCUUGAUAGCACAGAACCUCAUGUUGUUAUCCCUCCACCCUCUUCACCCCCUGCACCCCUUCCACCCCUUCCACCCCCUCCACCCCCUCCACCACCGUCUGUGGAUCCUCCACAGUUACAGCAAAGCAAAGAGGCAACACCACCAUCUAAGCGGGGCCGUGGAAGGCCAAGAAGGGCAGAUAAAUCUCCAAUUGCAAUGGUGAUCCCGACAUCUUCUGCAACAGGGAAAGCGACAGGGUUACAGAAAGAUACAUUGACCAGCUAUUCAGCAACCUUGGGUCCUGGUUCAUCACCUGGAUCUACUGCUGUCGGUGGACCUUUGCAGCAUGUUAUUGGGAUUGCUUCUAGUUCUCAGCCAACCCCUGAGUUCCAUCCUGCUACUCCUGGCUCACAAUCUGCAUCUGAAUGCCCUUCUAUAUCUGUACAAUCAAGGGGACGAGGCCGAAAGAUUCAGAGUGGUGAACUAGCAACCCGGCGUAGGGGAAAGAAACAUAAUUCAGUGUUACCUGCUGUUGCAGAUGGUUUAUCAAGUACUGGUACUGAUCCAAAAGUAAACAAGCAAUCCCAGAGUAAAUCUGUGAAUCCUGUUGGUAGCCAGCCUAUCGCCAUCGGUGCAACUGGUUCUAGCAUCCCUAUUACACCUGUUCCUGAUUCUCUACCCGGUUCUGCUGGUGGAACUAGUGAUCCUUCUGUUGUAGGGGUUUCUUUGAAUUUGGUACCAGUCACCCAUGUAGCAUCUGUUCCUACUGCACCACAACCCUCCCUCCCCUGUCAUCCAGCACCCAUGCAACCUAAAGGGCAGAGCAGGAAAACUCAAAGUGGAGUGGUGACCCCUCGUCGUAGAGGAAAGAGACAGGCAGUGAUAUCGCUUCCUGUUCCUGCUAGUGUGUGCAUGGAAUCAGAUCUUCAAUCAGAGGAUAAUUCUGGUAAUAUGUCUGGAAGUAAAGCUGUUUCAAUGGCAAGUAAACAAGAUAUCGUGUCUCAGGAGUUGUCAAAUGCGAUUCAGGAGCAACCACAUGGUGUUGGUGAACCUGCUGAUGUUUCUGGUCAGGACAAAAAAUCUAUUGAGCAAUCAGAUGAUGCUGUCCAGCACCCACUUCCAACAAGCUCGUUGGCAGUGCAUGGUAUCAGUGGCGGAUCUUCUGUUUCUGCUUCUGUACAAGUUCCAAGUGCUGCUUUAUCUGAAGUUGCUUCAGGGUCAAGGGAGGAUUUAUCUGAAAAUAACUCUUCAAAAGGUGGGGCUCUUCCAACUUCAGCUGUAUCAAGUAAAACUGUUGUUGAGGUGAUCAAGAACCAAAAUUCCAAGGACAAAGCUUCUACCGAUAUAUCAACUUUGAAGACUGCAUCUCAAGCUGCUGGCCCUGUAGCUGACUCUCUUCCUGGUUCUACCGUUGUGGAAGAUAUCAAUAAAAUGAUGCAGUCUGUUGCUGGGGCCAUAGUUCCUGGGUCACAGUCAAAUUUUACUGACCCAUCUGUUGCUGUACCUUAUCAAUCUACCCCUGCUCAGGCUCCAGAAUCUGUUCCAGUGAAAAGACAAGGUCGUAAAACUCCUAGCAGAGGAGAAGCACCUAGGCGCAGGGGGAAGAGACAGGCUUUGGGAUUAUCUGCAAUCCCUGAUGGGUCUGUUGGUCUAGAUCCAAAUUUAAAUCAGCAAUCUCAUAGCAAACCCAGGGAAAUUAGAGGAAGCAAAAUCAUUGACCCAAGAAGUAAGCAAGAGUCUGAUGCUAAGGUAUUGAUGGAGGUUAUCCAGGCACCUGCAUGUGAAGUCCCAUCUCCUGGUGGUUUAGCUGGUCAGGAUCCAAAACGAAAAGAAACAUGUACAAACCCAGUACUUGGACGAAUUCAGACUGCCGUAACUGAUGUUGCUCGUGUUAUGAAGGAGAUUUUCUCUGAAACUUGCUCAGCAAAAGCUAAAGCUGGUGAAUGUUCUGGGAUUGAUGCCAAGGAUAAUACUUUGUCUGUAUCCAGUAACACCCUUGCAGAGGAGGCACAGAGCCAAAGUUCAAGAGAUAAAGCAUGUCCAGAGAUGCCCACUUUGGAAACAGUCCCUCCAGGUUUGGACGUUCAAGUCAAUGAAAAUAAAGAGCAGCCUGGGACAGGAAGGGAUGCAAAUGUUGAAGGUGGCACUGAGAUUUUCUCUGAAACUUUCUCAUCUAAAGAUAAACCUUUUGACACUUCUGGGAGUGAGGAUAUGAAUGCUUCUAUUGUGGUUGUAUCUAGUAACAAUGUUGCACAAAACCAAAGUUCAGAGGAUAAAACAUGCCCAGAUAUGCCAACUUUGGCAACAGCACAACUAGGUUUUGACUCUGCAAUCAAUACACAUGCAGAUCAAUUUGAAAAUGGAAACGACGCAAAAAGCAAAAGUGACGAGGAGAUAACAUCCGAAACAUGCUCGUCUAAAGCUGGUGUACCUUCUGAGAGUGAAGGUAAAGAUGAUCCUAUUAUGCCUGUAGCCAAUCAACCUGUUCAAGAGGUGUCCCAAAAUCAAAGUGCAGAUGAUAAAGCCUGUCCAGAUAUUCUGACUUUGGAAACUGACCCUCCUGGUUCUGACAUGCUAAUGAAAAAUAAGGAGUCCUGGACUGAAAAUGACGCAAAAGUUACAGUUGACAAGGAGAUUUUCUCAGAAACUUUCUUAUCGAAAGCUAAAGCUGGUGAUUCUUCUGGGAGUGAAGGUUUUGACAUUCCAAUCAACCAGCAUAAAGACCAGUGUAGGACUGAAAGUGAUUCAAAAGUUACAGUUGACAUGGAGAUUUCCUCUGAAACUUUCUCAUCAAAAGCUAAAGCUGUUUAUUCCUCUGGGAGUGACAAUAUGAAUGCACCUAUUACAGGUCAAUCCACUAGCACCAUUAUGGAGGUGGUCCAAAAUGAGAGUUCAGGGGAUAAAACUUGUCCAGAGAUGUUGACGUUGGGAACUGCAUCUCUGGGUUUUGACAUCACAACUAACAAGCAUAAAGAGCAGUCUGGGACUGAAGGUGAUGCAAUUAUUAAAGGUAACAAUGAGAUUAUCUCAGAAACCUGCUCAGCAAAAGCUACAGCUGGAGACUCUCCUGGUAAUGAAGGUAUGGAUGCAGAAAUUAAAGGUGGCAAUUCUCCUUUCUCUUGUGACUAUCAGGCCUUAUGGACUGAAGCUUCCAAACCUGAAAGUAAGACUGAUGAUGGUUCUGCUGAGAACAUGGGGAAUUUAAGAGAGCUAAUACAGCUUCCUGAUGACAAAACAAUGGUGGGAAGUACCUCAGAGAUCAGUUGUACGGUUCAGCUCAAUGCAGGCCAAAACAAAGAUGUUCAUGCUCAGGAGUCGCUCGUGCCUGCAAGUGAUCUCACAAGUUCUAAUAAAAGGUUAUCCAGCAGUCAGGUUCCAGGUGUGGUGCCGCUUUCUGACGGUACCGAGAAUAAUUUUGGGGACACAACAAUACCUUCAUCUAAUGGUUCUCCAAAAUCUUCUUCUGUUGGUGUUAUCCAUGCUGAUUGUCAUACAAUUUCCAUGAAUGAUGAAGAUACUGGUGAUCAUGACAGAACAAGCCCGCUUGUUGUCACUGCAACAGAACCUCCUAGCUUAAGUAAGCCUUUCUCAAAAGAGUCCAUUGAAACUUCUCUUCUUGCUGUCAGCAGUAUUGAGGCUUCCUCAAUUCCAACAUGUGAUCAAAUAGCUGUUUCUGAGGAUAUUGGGGUAAUGCCGGGAAACUUGUCUGAGGAGUUGGGUCCACCUUCAUCAGCUCUAGCAAUUGAGGAAGAUAAGAUUGAGGGCUGCUCAGAGAAAGAUUCUGUUUGCAACUUGGUGGCUCUACAUAAUUUAAAGGGGUCUGAAGCAGUUAAUAAAAAGGAUGUUUUUCAGAGUGGUAAUGCUGUGCCAGAGAGCUUAUCUGAGGAUUUUGGUCUGCCUUCGUCUGCUGAGAUUGAGGAAGAAAAGAUUAAUGAUUCACCUCAGAAGGAUAUAGAGAGCAGCUUUGUGGUGGCACUGGAUGAGUUAAAAGGGUCUGUAGGUGAAGCAGAUGAUCAGAUUGAUGUUUCUCAGGGUGGCAGGGGUUUGGGUCUGCCCUCAUCCUUGGUGAUUGAGAAAGGACAGAUUCAUGGUUCCUCUGAGAUGGAUAUGGUUGGCAACUUAGUGUCAGCAGAGGAUUCAAAAACUUCUGCAGGUAAUGCAGGUGAACAAAUUUAUGUUUCUCAGGGUGGUGAUGUCACACCAGAGACCUUAUCAAAUGACUUAGAUUUGCCUUCAUCCUCAAUGGUGACUGAGGGAAAAAUUGAGGGAUCCUCUGGAAAAGAUCCAGUUAGCAGCUUGGUGUCAGUGGAGGAUUCAAAAGGUUCUGUAGGUGACGUCAUGCCAGGGAACUUAACAAAGGACUUAGAUCUGGUUUCAUCUUCCAUGGUGAUUGAGGAGGAAAAAAUUGAGGGAUUCUCUGAAAAAGAUCCAGUUAGCAGCUUAGUGUCAGUGGAUGAUUCAAAAGGUUCUGUAGGUAAAGGGGAUGAACAAAAUGAUGUUUCUCAGGGUGGUAAUGUCAUUCCAGAGAACUUACCAAGGGACUUAGAUCUGCCUUCAUCCGCCAUGGUGGUUGAGGAAGAAAAAAUUGAAGAAUCCUCUGAAAAGGCUCCACUUAGCAGCUUAGUGUCAGUGGAUGAUUCAAAAGGUUCUAUAGGGGAAGCAGGUCAUCAAGUGAAUGUUUCUUCGGGUGCUGGGGUUGAGCAAGAGACCUUAGCUGAGGAUUCAGGUCUGCCUUUAUCCUCCAUGGUGAUUGAGGAAGAGAAGGUAGAAGGUUCCUCUGAGAAGGAUCUAUUUAGAGACUUAGUGCCACCGGGGGAUUUGAAAGCUUCUGUAGGUGAAGCAGGUGAACAAAUUAAUAUUGCUCAGAGUCAUGAUGUCAUGCCAGAGACUUCAUCUGAGGAUUUAGAUCUGCCUUCAUCCUCCAUUGUAAUUGAUGAAGAAUUAAUUGAGGGAUCCUCUGAAAAAGAUCCAGGUAGCAGCUUAGUGUCAGUGGAGGAUUCGAAAGCUUCUGUAGGUGAUGUGGGUGAACAAAUUUAUGUUUCUUCAGGUGCUGGGUUUGUGCAAGAAACCUUAUCUGAAGAUUUGGGUCUGCCUUUAUCCUCCUUGGUGGUUGAGGAAGAAAAGAUAGAUGGUUCAUCUGAGAAGGAUAAUGCUUGCAACUUUGUGUCAGUGGAGGAUUCAAAUGCUUCUGUAGCUGAAGCAGGUGAGCAAAUUGAUGUUUCUCAGGGUGGUGAUGUCAUUUCAGAGAACUUGUCAAAUGACUUAGAUCUGCCUUCACCCUCCCUGGUGAUUGAGGAAAAACCUGAGGGAUCCUCUGAAAAAGAUCCAGUUAGCAGCUUAGUGUCAGUGGAGGAUUCAAAAUGUUCUGUAGGUGAAGAAGGUGAACAAAUUGAUGUUUCUCAGAGUGAUGACAUAAUGCCAGAGAACUUAUCAAAGGACUUAGAUCUGCCUUCAUCUUCCAUGGUGAUUGAGGAGGAAAAAAUUGAGGAAUCCUCUGCAAAAGAUCUAGUUGGUGGCUUAGUGUCAGUGGAGGAUUUAAAAGGUUCUGUAGGUAAUCAAAUGAAUGCUUCUUCGGAUGCUGGGGUUGUGCAAGAGAACUUAUCUGAGGAUCCAGGUCGACCUUUAUCCUCCUUAGUUGUUGUGGAAGAUAAGAUAGAUGAUCUCUCCGAGAAGGAUACAGUUUUAGAGUCACUGGAGGAUCCAAAAGGGUCUGAAGCUGAAGCAGGUAAUAAAAUAGGUUUUGCUUCGGGUUUUGGGGUUGAGCAAGAACCUGUUUCAGAAACCUUGGAUCUGCCCGCACCUUCCAUGGCAGUGGAGCAAGAAAAGACCGAGGUUUUGUCCAAGGAUCCAAUUGGCAGCUCAGUUUCACAGGAGUUAGAAGGAUCCAAAGCUGAAGCCUGUCAUCAAUUGGAUUUGUCUCAGGGUGAAGAAGUUGUGCCAGAAAAUGUGUCAGAAGAUGCAACUCCACCUCCAUCUUCCUCGGAGAUGGUGGAAGAAGAGACUAAAAACCAGUCUGAGAAGGACCCCGUUAGCAGUUCAACAGCAACGUAGGAAUCAAGUGGUUCUGAAGCUGAGUAAAUGUAUCAAGAUAGGGUUCUUGUUAGUUUUGUUUGAAUUUCUUGCAGUAUGUUACUUUUACAAUGACUAACUGAAUGCAUUCAGAUAGAUAAUUACACCAUUGGGCCUUUAAAUAAUUCCAAUUUUAGCAAGAUUCAAGCAAGAAUAUUUAUUUUAUACUA